UUAAAUAAUUAAUAAUUACGUGCUCUGUAUAUUUAUAUAGCGGCGCUAGAAACCUAUUCAAAGUAAAACAGAGAGAUGGGGGUGACAAAAGAGCAAGUUGAAUCUACUUUGACUUCUAAACUCAACCCUUCUCAUCUUGAAGUGAUUGACACAUCUGGAGGAUGUGGCGCAAGUUUUGUAGUUGAGAUUGUAUCAGCACAAUUUGAAGGGAAGAGGCUGCUGGAGAGGCACCGGCUUGUGAAUUCAACCCUGGAAGAGGAGAUGAAGCAAAUCCAUGCUCUGUCUAUAAAGAAAGCUUUGACCCCAGAACAGUGGAAGCAACAACAGGAGGCUGAGAAAUCUAAUUCUGCUGCUUAAACAGAUGUUCUCCAAUAGUUCAAGACAUUGGUACAAGCCUGAUGUAACUACUAUCAUAAAUAGCCUUUUGGGAAUAAAUUUGAACAUUAAAUUUGGGUAAAAUUACUGUUUACUAAAUAUAGCUAAUAUUGUUCUCAUGUUUGGAGAAAGUUUUAUAUUUGGAUGAGUUUCUGUUUGCCCAAAUCAUCAACCAUUUUUCUUUUGACAAAGAAAGUUGGUUAGUAAUUA